AUGACUCCUGAGAACGGCGCCCCUAGUGGCACAGCCCCAUCCCUUUAUUAUGCUAGGCGCCCAGAAGGGCAGGUUGGGCCGCGAGGGCAGCCGCGGAAGGGGUCGGGGGGAGGGGCGGGGCGGGCCCGCCGGCGACCGAGAGGCGGGGCCAGGGGUCCGGACUCACCCCGGAGGCCGGAGACUCGGGCCUUCAGGCUUCAGCUUCGGCCCCUCCGGGCGCCAGGCCCGGCCGGGCCGAGCCUGAGUCGACACGCCACGGACGCAGCGGCGAAAACAACACCGAAGGUAGCGAAGGAGGCCUCACGAGCAAUCGUCAGCUCUGGUCCCAGCCGACGGCUCCGAAGCCCGGAUUCCGCAGGAACUCCUGCCCACCCAACACCCACUUCCGGGUCGUGCCGGAGGGCUGCGGCAACCCGAAAGUGCAACAGUGAUAGUUUCGGAUUCUUUCGGGCUGUCUCCUCCCCUCCUCUGGAUGUCUCCAACCCAUCAGGAGCGAGGACUGAACCAAUAAUGCCUUUGGCGGGGGGGAAUUUACGCUGCGUUUCGCUUCCCAGGGGCCACUUAUGUCGUAGGAAGAAAUCCCAGGCACUAAGCUACCUUCUAGAGCAUCUACUUCUUCCUCCUAUUUUCGGAAUGACCUCUUCUGUCACCUUAAGUGCACCCGACUGUGCACCUUACCAACUCUCCCUCCCCCCAGUCCACCACCAGGAAACUAGGAGUCUAGAGGAGACUAGGAGCGGAAGCUGCGAGCCCGGCGAGGCCACGUAGGGGUGGUAGCGUG